GGCUGUGCCCAGGGCUGCUGUGAGUGGCUGUGCCAGGGAGUGAGCUGUGAUUGGCUGGCGCCUCUGUCCGCACUCGGCCGGGACAUCAUGGCGACGAACAACUGCGGCAUUCCGCUCGAUUUGGGCUGGUUGUCCAAUGUCCAUGUGAAUCACCCCGCUGUUCUGAGGCGUGCGGAACAAAUUCCGACACGGAGGACUUUGUCCAAGGAGUGGCAAGCUGCGUGGCUCCUGAAGGCUGUCACCUGCAUUGACCUCACCACACUGUCCGGCGAUGAUACCCCUUCGAACGUCCACAGGCUCUGCCAUAAAGCUAAGCAUCCCAUCAGGGAAGACCUGCUGAAGAGUUUGAACAUGCAUGAUAAAGGUAUUACCACUGGUGCAGUGUGUGUUUAUCCAUCUCGAGUGGCUGAUGCAGUGCAGGCACUGAAGACUAUAAAGUGCAAUAUUCCUGUUGCCUCAGUGGCAACUGGCUUCCCCGCUGGACAGACCCCACUGACUGUGCGCUUGCAGGAGAUAACGAUGGCCAUUGAAGCCGGGGCAACAGAAAUCGAUAUUGUAAUCAACAGAACACUGGUGCUGAGAGGCCAAUGGGAAGAAUUGUACAAGGAAAUCCAACAGUGUCGCAAAGCUUGUGAAAAGGUCCACAUGAAAACCAUACUAGGAACCGGAGAACUGGGAUCACUGGCAAACGUCUACAAAGCGAGUCUUAUAGCCAUGAUGGCAGGUUCUGAUUUUAUAAAAACUUCGACGGGAAAAGAAGGGGUAAACGCCACAUUUCCUGUUGCCCUGGUGAUGGUACGGGCUAUCAAAGAAUAUCACAGGAAGACAGGUUACAAGGUUGGGUUUAAGCCGGCAGGCGGCAUUCGCUCAGCAAAGGAUGCGUUGUCCUGGCUGACAUUGAUGAAGGAAGAGCUGGGCGAUUCCUGGCUCACCCCGCAACUCUUCCGAUUGGGGGCCAGUACUUUGCUGACAGACAUCGAAAGACAGAUCUAUCAUCAAGUGACAGGAAGGUACGCGGCAGCUCAUGAGUUGCCCAUGGCUUGAAAGAAUGUGUUUCACUGCUAGAAUAUGCUCCUGGGUUCUCAGUCUCUCAAUCAUUCCUUACCUUCUGACCCUUUCUUUCGCUGGAGCUUUGAAAACAUUUCUGUUGCAGUUUUAAAAAAGCAUCAGUUUUGUUACAUUCCUUGCCUCUUCUUCACAUGGCCCUGCUCUGAACAAGUUUGUCGGGAGGGCUAAAAUGUGUACAUUUUAACGUAAUUUGAUCAUGAGGUUGAAGAAAUUCGCCUUUUAAUUUAUGUUUUCUGAUUUACAUUUGUGUUGAGAUAGGGAAUGGAUAAUCUCUAAGUGUAAGUACUGUACAUGGCGACUUGCUCAGUUAGAUAUCAAUCUAUUUGCUUCCCACUGUGCACUAAACUCUGAUGAUCCCACGCCUGCAGCUGAUCCCCUUCCUCUUGGGAAACCUGCUCCAUGAGGUGGGGUUACAACAUGAAUUCUGAUCCAAAGAUAGACACAAAAUGCUGGAGUAACUCUGCGGGUCAAGCAGCAUCUCCGGAGGAAAGGAAUAGGUGACGUUUCGGGUCGAGACCCAUCUUCAGACUCUGAAGUCCUUCAGUCUGCAGAAGGCCCUCGACCCGAAACGUCACCUAUUGCUUUUCUCCGGAGAUGCUGUCUGUCCCGCUGAGUUACUCUUGCAUUCCGUGUUAAUCUUCGGAGUAAACCAGCAUCUGCAGUUACUUCCUACACAUGAAUUCUGAUCCACACAGCUGGAAUUAUGGGAUCACCAAAUGUACCAUUUGUCGGCAAAUUGGCCAAAAAGAUGCAGCUGGACUUUAUCUAACUGUUAGGAGACUUUGUGGCCUUUAACAAUAGCCACCUGCACUGUAAAUCACAUUAACCUCAAUAAAGAAUAUCAAGAAAC